AUGGCCUACAACUGCUGCUCUGGAAACUUCUCCUCCCGCUCCCUUAGGAGCUGCCUGCCCUCCUCAGGAUACUGCCGUGGUUCUUCCUACCCUAGCAACCUGGUCUACACCUCUACCAGCUGCUCUCCCAGCACCUGCCAGUUGAGCUCCACUCUGCACAGUGGCUGCCAGGAGACCUUCAUUGAGCCCACCAGUUGUUCUCCCAGCAUUUGCCAGCUGAACUCCUCUCUGAACAAUGGCUUCCAGGAGACCUGCAUUGAGCCCAUCAGCUGCCAGAGGUCCUGCGUGGUGUCCAGCCACUGCCAGAAGCCCUGCUACUACCCCAGGAGCUCCACACCCUGCAGUCCCUGCCAGGGUACAUAUGCUGGCUCUCUGGGCUUUGGGUCCAGCAGCUGCAGUUCCCUGGGCUAUGGAUCUAGAAGCUGCUACUCAGUGGGAUGUGGAAACCGUGGCUUCAGAUCCCUGAAUUGUGGAGUCUAUGGCUUCCCUUCCCUGCGUUAUGGGUCUAAAUUCUACUACCCAGUGUAUGCGGCUUCCACAAGAUUUCAACCUUCUUGUUAUAGAUCAAUCUGUGGUACUGGCUUCUAG